GGCUGAGCGCUCAAGAAUGCGACCCGUCCACAUGUUGUCAGCAGAAAUGUUAGGCACGAGAAGAGCGCACCGCACCAGACAAACAGCCUGAGAGCGGCACAGACACUAGAGAAUACUUUGAAUUAUUUGUCCUUAACCGACAGAGGAGGAAUAUUUAAAUAACAUCCAUCCACUCUCAAGUUGGAGUAUUUUUCUCUCUCACAAGAGUAUGAUGCCCAAUUCUCCCCGUAUGCCUUACUGCACUUGAGUCUGUAGCAAAGGGAAAGAAAUGGAGACCUUCACGCCGCCUGAUAUCUUCAAUUCAACUGACCUAAACAAGAUUUUAUGUCAUUUGGGCAUCAGGAAUGUUUCGGAGUGCGAGAGCGAGCAGGACCCUUCACCAGAGCCUAAAGAUAUCAACCAGACGGUUCGGAUCGUCCUCUACAGCCUCAUCUUUCUCCUCAGCGUCCUGGGCAACAGCCUCAUCGUCGCCGUCCUGGUGAGGAACAGGCGCAUGAGGACCGUCACCAACCUGUUCCUGCUGUCCCUGUCCGUCAGCGACCUGAUGGUGUCCCUGGUCUGCAUCCCCUUCACCCUCAUCCCCAACCUCAUGAGGGACUUCAUCUUUGGCACCGGGAUCUGCAAGCUGGUCAUGUACUUCAUGGGUGUCUCGGUAAGUGUUUCUACAUUUAACCUGGUGGCCAUCUCUCUGGAGCGCUACAGCGCCAUUUGCAACCCACUGACCUCCAGGACGUGGCAGACCAAAUCCCACGCUGCGAAGGUCAUCACUGCUACCUGGGUGGUAUCCUUCAUCCUGAUGCUGCCUUACCCCAUCUCUAGCACCCUGAAGCCCUUCACCCGCCUCAACAACAGCACAGGGCACAUGUGCCGCCUGGUUUGGCCCAAUGAUGUCAUCCAGCAGUCCUGGUAUGUGUCCCUGUUAUUGCUGCUCUUCCUAAUCCCUGGGAUCGUCAUGAUGACUGCCUAUGGACUCAUCUCCCUAGAGCUGUACCGGGGCAUCAAAUUUGAGUUAUCCAACAGGAAAUCCAGCAGAGACAGACAAUCCAGCACUGGCAGCAUCAAAACCGGUGACAAUGACGGCUGUUAUCUGCCGCCGACCAAAAAAAAGAGCAUCACAGGCAACUUACCCAGUUCCAGCAGUCAGCUCAUGAUGAGCCGAGUGUGCGGCAGCAGCUCUACGGCGAACCUGAUGGCCAAGAAGCGCGUGAUCCGCAUGCUCCUGGUCAUUGUCUUCCUCUUCUUCCUGUGCUGGACUCCCGUCUUUGUGGUCAACGCUUGGCAGGCGUUCGACAGGCGCUCGGCCUACCGCCUCACUGGUGCUCCGAUCUCCUUCAUCCACCUGCUCUCCUACACCUCGGCCUGCGUCAAUCCCAUCAUCUACUGCUUCAUGAACAAGCGCUUCCGUAAGGGCAUGCUGGCUACGUUCACCUGCUGCAGCUGUUUGAGGCGGAAAGGCGGAGGAAGUGGAGACUUAGGCAGGUCAACGGGAACUGGAACAGCUAAAGGGGACAGAUCUAGAGUGGGGGGGAAUUCCAAUGAGCAGAACGGUCAUACCCCGCCAAGCGGAGCCAGCACACGCUUCACCUACACCGGGAUCCGAGCCUCAGCCUGGAGUGAGCUGACUUAAAAUGGAUUGCUGCGAGUGUGUGUGUGUGUGUGUGUGUGUGUGUGAGUGUGUGUGUGUUUGCGAGUGGAUAGGCCUGGGUGAAAACGAGGUAAAGCCCUCUCAGUGCUUAUAGUCGUUUAUGAGAAGCUACUUUGCUUUUGCUUGGAGUUUGACAUGACAUGGGUACAACAGUUGAAGUGGAGUAGAAGUGCUGUACUUACAGUGCUUUGACAACUGAUCCACACACUGAAUAUACUUCCCAAACAUCUGCAGAAUCCAGGGUGGAGUCAGUAAAUAUGAAGCCUUGCAAGGAAGCAGAAAAGUAAAAAGUUUGACACUCAUUAACUCACUUGAAGUCGUUCCCCUACCACAACCAUUCAGAGCUGCAUAUAGAGCUGAAUAAAGGUCCAAUUGUCUUUCCAUACAGUUUCUUUUUCAUGGAACAAAAUGCAUUAGGCAAAAUAUAGGGGAGAUAGGGGUUGGUUGUCACACGUUUUACUCUCACAUUAUUAAUAGUAUUAAUACAUGUAUUAAUACAUCUUAAAAUAGCCAUUCUUCUGCUUGUUGGAAAGCUUUAAGUAAUGGGUUAAAUUGUGAUUUUAUUUGUAUAAAUUAUUUUACCUGCAGAAAAAAAAGAGAAAGGUCUGCCCACUAUUCAGCUCCCAAAGAGCAACUUUAUUAAGGGCAACGUUUCGAUCCGAAAAGAUCAUCUUCUGACAAAUACAGCAGGAGACAAGCAGUCUUUUCUGAAGUUUGGCCAUUCGCAAAACAAUCAUUAUCACCUGUUGAACAGAAAAACAGGGACAAUGAAUACAACAGCCACAAGAGGGUGAAAAAUAUACUCCAGGAAGCAUCAAUUAUUUUACCACCAAGUGUAUUCCCCAUCAUAGAAAACAAACCCUAUCUGACUUUGUUAAAGGUUUUAUCUUAGCUGCAAUAUUUUUUAAGCUAGCAAAUGAAAAGAUUCCAGGCGUAAUUCUGUAAGUGUAGACAUGAUGAAAUAGCGCCCUGUAGUUUGGCUGUGAGAAAGACACUGUUACAACCAUCCCUGAUCUCCUUUAUUCAAGGAUCAGCUUAUCAAAAUACAAUUCAAAGGGUGUAAAUAAACUCCGAUGAAGCUAGUUUACUCCUAGGUCUUGCCUUUGUUUUUGUUGCUUUGUUUGUUUGUCAAAGCGCCAAAGUCCGACUAAACCAACGACUGCUAUGAUGAGGACCAGCCCAUGUUUUUGUUUUUUAUGUAAUUUUCCUACUUUUAAGGCAGCCAUAAAUGCCUUCAUUAUUUUUUAAGAACAUGGUGAUUACAUUGAUACCACUAUCAUGUCUUUUAGCUAGAGCAUAGGUGGACUUAGCGUCGCGAUAAACAAGAGUGGCUGGCAGGAAACUACUCGCUAAUAGCUGCUAACCUCUAAAGAUAAGUGUUAAAGAGCCCAUAUUAUGCCCUUUUUGGGGUUCGUAUAUUUAAUCUAUGUAUCUAUUGUAUUUGUCGUUAUUGGU